AUGUCCAGGGCGGCUGCGAAGUUCAAGAUUCCGAUGCCGGUGACGAAGGCGGACUUCGCCUUCCCCUCCCUGCGCGCCUUCUCCAUCGUCGUGGCCCUCGAUAAGCAGCACGGCAUCGGCGACGGCGAGUCGAUCCCGUGGCGGGUGCCGGAGGACAUGGCGUUCUUCAAGGACCAGACGACGCUGCUGCGCAACAAGAAGCCGCCGACGGACAAGAAGCGCAACGCCGUCGUGAUGGGGCGCAAGACGUGGGAGAGCGUUCCGGUAAAGUUCCGGCCACUCAAGGGCCGGCUGAACGUUGUGUUGUCCUCGAAGGCCACCGUCGAGGAGCUUCUGGCGCCACUGCCGGAGGAAAAGCGCGCGGCGGCGGCGCAGGACAUUGUGGUGGUGAACGGCGGUCUGGCCGCGGCGCUCCGCCUCCUCGCACGUCCGCCGUACUGCAGCUCCAUCGAGACGGCGUACUGCGUCGGCGGUGCGCAGGUGUAUGCGGACGCCAUGCUGUCGCCAUGCGUCGAGAAGCUGCAGGAGGUGUACCUGACCCGCAUCCACACGACGGCGCCUGCGUGCACGCGCUUCUUCCCGUUUCCUCCCGAGAACGCCGCCACGGCGUGGGACCUGGCGUCGUCUCAGGGACGCCGCAAGAGCGCGGUGGACGGCCUCGAGUUCGAGAUUUGCAAGUACGUGCCGCGCAACCACGAGGAGCGGCAGUACCUUGAGCUGAUUGACCGCAUCAUGAAGACGGGGAUCGCGAAGGAGGACCGCACCGGGGUGGGCACCUUGAGCCUCUUCGGCGCACAGAUGCGGUUCUCCCUACGCGACAACCGCCUGCCACUGCUGACGACGAAGCGCGUCUUCUGGCGAGGCGUGUGCGAGGAGUUGCUGUGGUUCCUGCGCGGGGAGACAAACGCGCAGCUGCUCGCGGACAAGGACAUACACAUCUGGGACGGCAACGGCUCGCGCGAGUUUCUCGACAGCCGCGGCUUGACAGAGAAUACGGAGAUGGACCUCGGCCCUGUCUACGGCUUCCAGUGGCGCCACUUCGGGGCAGAAUACCGGGGGCUCGAAGCGAACUACGACGGCGAGGGGGUGGACCAGAUCAAGUUCAUCGUGGAGACGAUCAAGGCGAACCCGAACGACCGCCGUCUUCUGUUCACUGCGUGGAACCCGUGCGCGCUGCACAAGAUGGCACUGCCGCCGUGCCACUUGCUCGCUCAAUUCUACGUGAACACGGAGAAGAGCGAGCUAUCCUGCAUGCUGUACCAACGUUCGUGCGACAUGGGCCUCGGCGUCCCCUUCAACAUCGCCUCCUACGCGCUGCUCACCAUCCUCAUUGCCAAGGCGACGGGUCUGCGGCCUGGUGAGCUUGUGCACACCCUCGGCGACGCCCACGUCUACCGCAGUCACAUCGGUGCCCUCAAGGCGCAGCUCGAGCGAGUCCCGCACGCGUUCCCGACCCUCGUGUUCAAGGAGGAGCGGCAGUUCCUCGAGGACUACGAGUUGAUGGACAUGGAGGUGAUCGACUACGUGCCGCACCCGGCGAUCAAGAUGGAUAUGGCCGUAUAG